AUGGAGCUACGCUUGACGGCUAAUGGUUCAGAACCAAACCACACGCCAAAGACGUUAUCCGACUUGUUCAACAUGACCGACGUCUCACCAGUGACUAACCGCAAGCAGGUGGCUAUCCUGGACUUUGGCUCACAGUACAGCCAUCUGAUUGCACGCCGUGUGCGCGAGCUACAUGUUUUCUGUGAGCUCUACUCCUGCCUCGUUAGCGCCAACGAAUUGCGUCAGCAUCAGCUCACGGGCAUCAUCUUGUCAGGCGGUCCGCAGUCAGUCUUUGAUGUAGGCGCACCCCACGUGGACUCGGAGGUGUGGAAGCUUAUUGAUGAGAAAAAGCUACCGGUGCUUGGUAUUUGUUAUGGUCUGCAAGAAUUGGCCUUCACCAACAACGGCGAGGUGGCUUCCUCACAGCACCGUGAGUACGGGAAGGCUGUUGUCACCCGCAAGAGCGGCGUGGAAUGCGGUGGUCUCUUUGAAGGCCUUCCAGAUGAGUUUCAAGUGUGGAUGAGCCACGGCGACAAGCUGCUCACCAACCCCGAUGGAUUUGUGGACAUCGCCACGACUGAAAACUCGGAACACGCCGCCAUCGUUAAUGUGGCUCGCAAGUUUUACGGCAUUCAGUUCCAUCCCGAAGUGACUCAUAGUCCUCUUGGCAAGGACAUACUGCGCAACUUUGUGGUCAAUAUCUGUAACUCGCCUACAGACUGGGACAUGCGCAGCAUUGCGGACGCUUUUAUUGAGGAGGUGCGCGAGACCGUGGGUCCUGAUGGCCACGUGAUUGGUGCUGUAAGCGGUGGAGUCGACUCGUCCGUCGCUGCUGUGCUACUGCAGCGCGCUUUGGGCGAUCGCUUCCACGCUGUGCUUAUUGACAACGGCCUUUUGCGAAAAGAUGAGGCUAUCGAGGUCGUUGAACGACUGCAGACCAAGUUGGGAAUCAACCUUAAAUGUAUUGACGCGUCAGACCGUUUUCUGUCUGCUCUCAAGGGAGUUACGGAGCCUGAGUUGAAGCGUAAGACGAUAGGCAACCUGUUCAUUGAUCUGUUCCAAGAGGAGGCUAAGCGCAUCGGACAUUCAGUGGACUUCCUGCUGCAGGGUACGCUGUACCCGGAUGUAAUUGAAAGCGUCUCCUAUAAGGGCCCAUCAGCCACGAUCAAGACGCACCACAACGUUGGUGGACUUCCAGAGAAGAUGCACCUGAAGCUUAUUGAACCGCUUCGCGAGUUGUUUAAGGACGAAGUCCGUGAGCUUGGUAUGGCUCUUGGCAUCGAUGAGCCUAGCGUGUGGCGACAUCCAUUCCCGGGACCAGGCCUUGCGAUCCGUGUGCUUGGUGAGAUUACACCCGAGGCACUGGACACUCUGCGUCACGCUGACUCAAUCUUCAUUGAGGAGCUGCGCAACAGUGGCCACUACAAGACAACGGGCCAGGCUUUUUGCGUCCUACUUCCGGUGAAGUCUGUGGGUGUUAUGGGCGACGGCCGCACAUACGAGAAGGUUGUUGCUAUCCGUGCCGUCAGCACGUCAGAUUACAUGACGGCUGAUUGGCACCACAUGCCGUACGAAGUGCUUGGUCGCAUGUCCAACCGCAUCAUUAACGAGGUGCGUGGUGUAAACCGCGUCGUGUACGACAUUUCGUCAAAGCCGCCAGCGACCAUAGAAUGGGAGUAA